GCAUCAUUCCGACCUUGCAGAGACCCAACUGCUUGACCAUCUUCCACCUGCACUUUCUCUGCCUGCCUCUUCACCUCUCCCCAUCUCAACUCCAUCUACCAAGCCAAAAGUCCCUCAGCCCUAUCACAAACGAAAGGGCCCACGCAGCAUUCACAGCCAAUGAAACUACGCACUGUGGAAAAAAGCUCUAGCAUCCUCUCAAACCCAGCAAACACAAUUCCGGGGACCUUUUCAGCCUGGCAAGACCAGACAAUCGGAACGAGCGAACCACGACCAUACCGCGGCAACAUGCAGCAAACAAAAUGACCUUGGAUGGAACCCAUCAGAGGGAUAUCUCCCGGCAUAAAAAGCAAGAAGGGUACUUCUCUCGUUACUCUUUCUGUUAUUCGAAUUCACCCGAAGAAGAAGGGGAGCUCAUCCCUCGGAAGAAAAACAGCUUUUCUACGAAACAGACGUCUCUUCUCCACGAAAGAAACCCCCAAAGCGAGACCUCUCUCUCUCUUCCUCCCUCCCUUUCUUUCUCCCUUUCUCGCAUAACCGACUUGACUGACCCCUCCGCGAGAACAAUCUCUCCACAGAUUCCACGGAUCAACAAAGAAACCACAAUGAAGUCUCCCGAAUUGAUCUACGGGUUCAUCAAGCUCAGUAUCAGGGGGGAGGAUCCUGACGCGGAGGAUGAGCAGGAUGAAGAGGAAGACGAGGAAGAAGAGGAGGAGGAGGAGGAUGAGGAGGCAGAAGAGGAGGAGGACAAGGAUGAUAAUGGAAAGGAUGACUGUGACCGAUAUCUUGAGGAGGAAGACUACGAGAAGAGAAGGACCAAGAAGUUCCACAAUUCGCGGGGGCAUGAGGAAUUUUACUUUGUGGACCGGGAUGUCAGUAGUGAUGAGGAUCAGGAUUAUCCCGAUAGUGAUGAGGAUGAUAGUGAUAGUGAUGAGGGUUGGGAUUAUCCUUGAUUCCACUCGUGAGUGAGGGGCGAGCAAUGAAUUCUACCUAUGUGCUGAUGAGCUUUUCGUUUGCUGAUGCGUAGGAGGGGAUAGAGGCAUGGUUCGUUUGGGUUGGGUGGCGGAGCUCUCGGUGUUCUGCGC